AUGAGAACAAGUAUCACGUCCAGCUGUUACGGAAAACUUUAUGUGAUAAAAAUGCAGGAAAUAUUUCUCGUUAUAUUUUUUGGUGUGGAGUACUGUAUUCGUCUAUGGUCCGCUGGCUGCCGCUCGAAAUAUCUCGGAUUUUUUGGCCGCCUGAAGUUUGCGCGAAAGCCCAUUUCGGUCAUUGACUUGUGUGUUGUUUUGGCAAGCAUUAUCGUUAUUUGUGUUGGAAGUGAGGGACAGGUGUUUGCAGCAAGUGCUAUACGGCGUCUUCUCGGUUCCGUUGUGUUCAUUCAUCGGCAGGAACUGAUCACAACACUCUACAUUGGCUUCCUAGGUCUUAUCUUCUCCUCGUAUUUUGUUUAUUUGGCCGAAAAAGACCAGCCAACAUCGGAUGUACCUUAG